CUCGUCUUUCCCACUAACACUUAAAAUCACUCUCUUCGUCAUCUCUGUUUUCUUGUAUCACAAAUCACAAUCUUCAUCAAGAAACGUUAACACAAUCAACAAAGCUCAUCUCAAUUUGAUUUCUAACUAAAAUUGUUAGCUUUUGUUUUCAUAACGGUGUAUUUUGUCCGUACAUGAUGAUUUUGAUUUUGAAGAUAGUGACGAAAGAUUAGGUUUUGAUUUCUGGGUUUUGUGUAACUAUGGCGAUUGAGUAUGAAUGCUGCGAGACCAACUUCUUCAUACACAUAGUUGUGAUAGUGUUACUAGUCUUAUUCGCUGGAUUAAUGUCUGGUCUUACCUUAGGUCUUAUGUCUAUGAGUCUCGUUGAUCUUGAGGUUCUUGCUAAAUCCGGUACACCUAAAGAUCGUUUACAUGCUGCAAAGAUAUUGCCAGUUGUGAAAAAUCAGCAUCUUUUGCUUUGUACUUUACUGAUAUGUAAUGCAGCUGCUAUGGAGACGCUUCCUAUUUUUCUUGAUGCUCUUGUGACGGCUUGGGGUGCAAUUCUGAUUUCAGUGACAUUGAUUCUUCUAUUUGGUGAGAUCAUACCUCAGUCAGUCUGUUCUCGUUAUGGUUUGGCGAUUGGUGCAACAGUGGCUCCAUUUGUCCGUGUUCUAGUCUGGAUAUGCUUACCAGUUGCAUGGCCGAUUAGUAAGCUACUGGACUUUCUACUGGGUCAUGGUCGUGUCGCUCUUUUUCGAAGAGCUGAGCUGAAAACACUUGUGGAUUUGCAUGGAAAUGAGGCUGGUAAAGGUGGGGAGUUGACACAUGAUGAGACAACAAUCAUUGCUGGAGCUCUUGAACUAUCUGGGAAAAUGGCUAAAGAUGCAAUGACACCUGUUUCUGACACUUUCGUGAUUGAUAUCAAUGCCAAACUAGACAGGGAUUUGAUGAAUUUGAUUCUUGAGAAAGGUCAUAGCAGGGUUCCAGUAUACUAUGAGCAACGUACCAACAUAAUUGGCCUUGUUUUGGUGAAGAACUUAUUGACUAUCAACCCUGAUGAAGAAGUACAAGUAAAAAAUGUGACGAUACGAAGAAUCCCGAGAGUUCCGGAAACCUUACCAUUAUAUGAUAUAUUGAACGAGUUCCAAAAAGGACAUAGCCAUAUGGCUGUGGUUGUGAGACAGUGUGACAAAAUCCACCCAUUUCCUAGUAAUAAUGUUGCAGACGGGACUGUAAAUGAAGUCAGAGUGGAUAUGGAUAACGAGAGAUCCCCACAGGAAAAGAAGUUAACGAGAAGGAGAUCACUUCAGAAAUGGAAGAGCUUUCCAAACCGAGCAAAUUCGUUUAAAGCAGGGUCCAGGAGCAAGAGGUGGUCCAAAGAUAACGACGCUGACAUUUUGCAACUUAACGAAUAUCCACUGCCAAAGCUAGCUGAGGAGGAGGAAGCUGUUGGUAUUAUUACCAUGGAAGAUGUCAUAGAAGAGCUUUUGCAGGAAGAGAUAUUCGAUGAGACGGAUCAUCAUUUUGAAGACUCGUGACAGCCUCAACUUCAAAUGCUCAAUAUUAGUUGUCUGGACCAUAUACGUACAUGGUGCUAUAGCUCAGAAGAAAUCUGAUAUCCACGGUACAAAUUUUGCUGCAAAAGAGUCAUAUAUGUAAGUCAGAUCAUAUGUCAUGUAAUAACAUUGCUGCUUAGGUACAAAGAUAUUCCUAGAAUGAACUGUUAAUAUAUAUUUUGUUCUUAACA